AUGGUUCAUCUUUGUCGCAAGAGGAGCAUCGAGAUACGUAGCGCGUCAGGAGCUGUAAUCUUUUCUGUCAUAUUUGCGGUCCCAUGCCCACCAGGAGAAGCUGCAGGAGCACAGACACAGACAACGAAAUCUGAAGAAGAGUUAGGAAAAGCGGUUGAAUCACAAGUAAAAAAAACGAGCUGGAGCACCAAGUUUUGGAACUCGGUGUUGUAUAAUGACGAUGAAGAAGAAAAUGUAACACCGUUAUCCCAUCGAAGAAGACGAGACAGGGGCAAGGAAGCAGCUGAAACCGGAGCAAGAGAGGAGAAGGACGAGGUGACAUCUGAAGAAUUUCUAGAAGCUGAGUCCGGACCAUGCGAUGACAGAGGGGAGGGGCCCUCUGAAGAAAUUGUAGAAGCUGAGAGCGGAGCAAGAGAUGACAAGUGCGAGGGUCCAUCUGAAGAAAUCAUAGAAGCUGAGAGUGGAGCAAGAGAUGAAAAGAGUGAGGGACCAUCUAAAGAAAUUGUUGAAGCUGAGAGCAGGGCAAGAGAGGACAAGCGCAAGGUGGAGGAAAUGUGUGAAGUAGAAGAAGAAAGAGAGAAUGAGUCACAACGAAGACAGAUAACGGGCAACGCCGUUGAGGAAACAGGUGAAGUAGAAAAAGAAAGUGAGAAUGAGUCACUACGAAGACAGAUAACGGGCAAGACCGACGAAGAAAUAGGUGAAGUAGAAGAAGAAAGUGAGAAUGUGUCACGACAAAGACAGACAAAAGGGAAGGCCGUUGAGGAAUCAUGUAAAAUAGAAGAAGAAAGUGAGAAUGAGUUACGACGAAGACAGAUAAAGGGCAAGGCCGUUGAGGCAACAUGUGGAGUAGAAAAAGAAAGUGAGAAUGAGUCACAACGAAGACAGAUAAUGGGCGGGGCCGCUGUGAAAAUACGUGAAAUAGAAGAAGAAAAUGAGAAUAAUUUACGACUAAGACAGAUAAAGGGGAAGGACGUUCUGGAUAUAUGUAAAGUAGAAGAAGAAAGUGAGACUGAGUCACCACCAAGACAGAGGAUAGUGGUGGAAGAACCGAGAUUCAUGUCAGAUAUAGGUCCAGAUAACGGCGCUGCACCAUUGAGGCAGAUGAACUUUCAGCUGCGGUGGCCUAUUAUUCUGCGGCCAGGUGAGAUUAUUGACUAUAUAGAUGAUGGUCUACAGAUAGAUGAAUCUCGCAUCACAAGCAUUCGUUGUCCUUCAACAAUACGAGGCACCGGCAACGAUCCACCUCUAGUCCCCUACCAUUGUUUCUGCAGUAUCAUGUAG